GGCAGAUGCGCCAGCAGACCCUCGCCAUGUCGGUCGUGUCCGAGACCGGCGAGCGCUCCCCAGAGCAGAAGGCCGCUCUCGACACCGGCAUGAACGCGAACUUCAAGUUUCUGCACGUCACCGGCACCGCCAAGGCGAAGAGCUUCCAGCUCUCCCUCGAAAUCUCCGAGCCGCCACCCCAUGCGUCCCUCAUCCCAGAAGGCACAGAGGUUCCCAGUGGACGCGUGUGGGCAUCGUUUGACUCGGCCCCCGUCACCAUCAUCUCCAAGCCGUCGAAGAAGACGGCAAAGACGCGCAACAUUUCUUCGUGCAUCCUUGCCGGCGGCCCGGUGUCCUUGUUCAAUCGCAUCAAUUCGCAGACGGUCCGAACAAAGUAUAUGACCAUCGAUCAUAAUCAACUGUGCGCCAGCAACGUUGCCUGGUCUGCCUUCAAUGUAAAUGUCGUCAGGCGAACGGAAGAUGCACCCGCGCAUGUCCCUCAGCCCGUGACAUAUGGAUCGGAAAUCAUUCUCACGGACACGCUAUCCGGGAUAUCAACAGCACCCUUGGUCAUCCGAAAGGUAGACAAGGGAAAAAUCAUCAGCGAGGACGGUGGCCCCGUCAGCCAGAUGCAGAAGAUUGCGCUCCAGCGAGUGAACACGGACGGCACCCAUCACUAUCUGUCGGCGGCUGGUCCCAUGCCUGGGACGCCUGGCAUGAUGGCUCCACCGCCGGGCCAGGCAGGCACACAUCCGCUGAUCUUCCAGUCUCCUAGGAUCCGCGAUGAGGUCAAGCAUGGCGUGCACUACAUGAUCGACGAAGUGGACGACUAUCUGUGCUGGACCAUCGUUGGAAUUUCCAAGUUCCAAUACACGUUCUUCGACGCUUUCGGAGCCAACAAUGCUUUGCCCGAAGUUCCUAUUACGCCAUUCCCGACGUUGUUCACGACGCCUAUCUACCGCCCAUCCAAUAACUCGCUGGAGCUUACGGUCUCGAACUUCUUUUACGACCACCCCAAGACGCGGCGUCAGACACCUCUGGAUGUGUACCUUGGCAAUCUCGGCCCGCUUCCUGCUCGGGUAUACCAAGCAUCGCUUCCGGGCCCUUUGACGAAUAUAUCGCCGUUUGUCCCAAUGCAAACGGGUGCAGAUCCUGUGCACGAGGGUUCGAGCGAAGGCGGCCAGGCUGGCACGGCGCCACCACCGCCGAGAUACAUGGCCCCAGGUCCGAUGCACAUCAUCGUCGUGGUGGAAAUGCCACCGCUGCCCGACGUCAUGAAGGCGCUAGACGAUGACUCUGCGACGCCUGACGCAGGCGAAAAUAGCCGUUCGGGGGAGGGGACAAAGGAACACAAAUCCAAGGACUCGGGCAUCGGGUCGACGGCCGCGCCACAGCACCUGUCAGGGCGGAGCUUGCCGCUGCUCUUCAUACGCGCGUCCGAUGGGGUGGGUUACCACUCGGGACGCACGAUUGCAUGCGAGAACGUGUUCCAGAGCAUGGACCUGAGCGCGAUUGCGGCGAACCCGACGAAUACGAACGCGGCGAGCAUCGACACGGGCUGGCUCGCCGCGGCGCAA